UGCUGCGCGCACCCGGUAGAGCAGUGGCGUCCUCGCGCGCCUCUCAUGUGUCAGCGCCAAACAGCAGGGAAAAAACUUCGGCAAAAAUGGCGGAGGGUGCAACGUCUCUCAAAGGGUUGCGGGCGCAAAUGGCUGCAGCUGCGCAGGCGCAGGCAGAGGAACGGCGCAGCCAGGCAGGAAACAGCCCAACGCCAGCAGCUCCAGCCAACACAACAAAAAGCCAGACCAAGCCAGUCAUUGAUGGUGCAUCCCUGAGGAUAGACGACAAACUCCGAGUAGCCAAAGAGAGGAGAGAAGAGCAGGAAAAGCAACAUGCGGCCCGUGAGACUCAGCUGUUGGAGAGAGAGCGAAAGUCCCGGCUACAGGUGGAGCGACAGAUGGAGGAGAGACAUAAGAAGCUGGAAGAGCAGCGCAGGAAGGAGGAACAGAGGAGAGCUGCAGUGGAGGAGAAAAGGAAACAGAAGUUAGAGGAAGAAAAAGAACACUAUGAAGCCGUGAUGAGACGUACACUGGAGCGCAGCCAGAGAGUAGAGCAGAGACAGAAGAGAUGGUCCUGGAGUGGACUUGCAGACUCUGACAACAAAAAUGACAAGCGCUCUUCCUCUACCACCAACCUGAAACAGACUGACUCAGUCAUCAGCAAGCGUCUCUCCUCAUCCUCUGCCACCCUCCUUAACUCUCCUGAUAAAACUCGCCGUUCGCUGGCUGCCCCAGUGGACAGCGGUGUCCUCAGUCGCCUGCUCACACCCACCCAGGCCUCGCUAGCUAGAAGCAAGAGUGCCGCGGCCCUGUCUGCCGAAGGAGGCGAUGCUCAAGAGUCUCACCUGUGUCCUCGUUCAGCAUCUGCAAGCCCCAUGCAGCCCUCGGCCCGUGGUCCCCUGCGCAGUCGCAGCAGCGACCGAAAGAAAGGCCCGACCACUUCUGUGUCUGCAGAUGCCAUCUCCAGUAUGACGCAGCAGAAAGGUGAAAAGGAGAAGCGCUUCACGUCACCAGUAGGAAAACGCCCUGCUUCUCCUUCCAAUCGUCAUCGGUCUCCAUCUCCUACUCCCAGUGCUAGCAGCACCACAAGAGCGCCAUCACCUGGAGCAGCCAAGCAGAGUCCACGCGUCCGCCCUCCUUCCCCUAGUGGUUUGAAACAGCGUCCUCCAUCCCCUCAGCCUUCUGCCACAUCUAAACCUCCACCCAUUCAGAAAGCUGCUCUAACCCCCACCGGCCCACCCACCCUUCGCAAGAGGGACUCCAAGCCAAAGGAUAUGACUCCAAUGAUGCCUGUAGCCCCAUCGUCUCCAGAGACCAGCACACCCAGUCCAGUACCUGCACCCGCGCCCAAGACCAAAGAGGAAUCCAAUUCCAAAGCCAUCGCAGGAACCAACUCAGCUGCUGAGGCUUCAAAGAUCCUGGCGGAGAACCGACGUCUGGCCCGUGAACAGAAGGAAAAAGAAGAGCAACUUCGCAUCCAGAAGGAAGAGGAGGAGAAGUUGAGGAAAGAGGAGGAGAAGCGGCUGGCGGAAGAGGAGCGAUUGAGGCGCGCAGAGGAGGAGAAGAGGCUUGCAGAAGAGAGAAAGAGAGAAGAGGAGGAGCAGACUCGUUUAGCAGAGGAGGAGAAGCAGCAGAUGGAGCUGGAGGAGCAGCAGAGACAGGCUGAGCAACAGAAAGAGCGCGAGGAGGCUGAAGCGAAGGCCCAAGAGGAGGCUGAGCGGCAGCGGCAGGAGAGAGCACGCAUCAUGCAACAAAACCAGCAGGAGCGCAUGGAGAGAAAGAAGAGAAUUGAAGAAAUUAUGAAGAGAACCAGAAAAACUGACCAAAUGGAUUUUAAGAGUGAUGAUGUGGAUGGCAUUCCUGAUGAAGACGGCGAGGGGGCUGAAGACCAAAUAAACUGUGAAAACAAGGAGAAUGAGGCUGUGGAGUCAGAAUGCUGCGGCGAGCAGACAGAGGAGCAUCACUUCCCUCUAAAGAAGACUGACUCUGAUAGAGAGGAGACAGCUGUCGAUAUCCACUCACAAACACAUGCGGAUAACAAGGAGAACAGCAAUGGACCCAGCACACAGGACCCCUCAGUGGACAGCCCCCCUCCAAAAUCCUGUCUGAUGGAGGGCUCGGAAUUCUUGAACGAGGACUCUAAAGUGAACCUGGUCCCGGGGUUGAAUGGUAAAGGAGGACCUUGGAGCUUUGAAGAGCUGAUCGAUUUGGGUGUUCAUGCUAAAACCAAACCCCUGAUGGAUGAUGGGAGCCCUGAAGGGCCAAGAGUGGCCUUUGAAGAGAAAACUAGCUCUAUUCAUCCAGCCCAGCCUAUUGAAGCCCUGUCCGAGAUGUGAACGUCAGCUCUGUGUAAGGCCGCUGAUUGAUAAUUGCACUCCAUGAGUCCCGUCCAGCUGAGCCUCAGAGUGUCAGGCUGGUCUGGAGCGUCAGGGAAAGCACACAGUGCCGCACGGCCUCUUGCAGACUAUAGACAGUUGGAAGACACAAGCUAACGGAAAACGCUUCAGAGAAAACGGUAGAUUCCCUCAGUGUGCUUGUUCUUUGUUUUGUCAGUUCGGUUACAAUACUGUCAUCAGGAUUUGUUUUUCAUAACGUCAAUAUGUUAAAUAAUUUUGUUUGUCUUUUAAAUGUGGAGCGACUUUAUUUAUUCAUGUGGCUUCUCCGCAUUUAAACCGUGCACUUUUUUUGGGCUGCAAAAAUUCCAGUGCAGGGGUUCACGUAACAUUCAGCUUCAGCAUUUAGUAGAAUGAUCUGCUUGGUUAUUGAGCAAAAGUUUCACGUAUCUUCAUAGGACAGUCACAGACAUCCUAAUUAAAACCCUGUGUCUGAACUGUGAGUGGAGCUCAGGAAUGUGUCCCAAAUGGGAAUCUGUCCUAGAAAUAUGAGGUUUGACGAGCUGCUGCUGCAACUCUCCCAUUCUGAUGUGCUUUUAAUGUGACCUCAGGAGAUUUUUCUGCUUCUGAAAGCUUCUGUUUCUCUACUUCUAAGGAAUAAACAUCAUUAGUGUAUAGUCUUUAACUCUAUAUCCCCUGUGCAACCACUCAAGCAUUCCGACUGUGUGACGCUUGUAGAUAGCAGACGUUUCAUUAAAAAUAACAGACGUUUACCAGACUGAUUGUAGUUGAAGUUGCGCGAACAUGUUCAUUCUGCCUUCAGCUCUGAAAUUGAAGGAUGACGGAGUUUAAUGCAGACUCAAAUGUUUUCUGUGUUCCCCGUUUUGUUAAUAUCCUGUUCUACCUGUACAUAAGUAUGACUAGUUAUCAAAUACCUAAUUUAAAUGCAUCCUCAGUAGCUUCAGCUGUCUGCAUGGAUCUUUGCGCAGCAUAAUAUAACACUGUAACUCAUACUUGCACACUUUUUCGCAUGUUUUCGCUGUGGGUUUGAAGAAACUUGAAUGAUUUGACGUUCUCAAAUGCCCAAAGUCGUCCCCUCAGGGUUAUACUGUACUUAUGUUUUUCCUCAUAUUACUGUCCAUGGCCUAAUAACCACACUAAAAUUUGAGCGCUCUAUGAAAAUGCAGACAUAUAUAUAAACUCUAAGUGUUAUGUAAAUCAGUAUUAGGCUGUUUGGCCAUUCUUGUGGUUGGGAAUAAGAGCUAGAAGCAGGUUGGUGUGCUACAGAUUUGUACUGUAAUAUGACUGUACGCAGCAGGACCCAGCACCAGCACGCGUAUCUCUUUUUAAACAGUGAUGCGAGUCGGAGGGGGGAAUGAAUGUGAAUGAGGGUGCAAGCCAUGUCAAGAGGGCUUUUUGAUUAUGAAGCUGCGGUGAGGGUGAACAGGGAUGUUUUGCAGAUUUGUGAUUGACGUGAUUUAUGCAAUAGAUUUGGACCAUUGAGCAUUCGACGGUUGCAUUGAAUGAUCGGUCUCCAUAUGCUUGAAGAGUCGGCUUUGUGUGCUGCAGUUCAAAUAUUAUUCGCAGACUAUUUUUACUUGGCCAUGUUUGUGGUCACAUUUCCUUCUUUGUAUCAUUCCAUCCGCAUUUAGGAAUACAGUAGAUCCCUUAAUGUGUAUUUAACGUUCCUUCUGUUGUUUUAUAUGCAUCUCCUUGUGUGUUGUUUUUUUUUAAUCUUUUGUUGUGUAAUAGUCUCUUUCGGACUCAGGCUCUUAGACAUCAGUGGAAAAGUGUUUGCUGAGUGAUUUGGAGAUCACUGUGAUCCUUCGGUUUGGCCUUUUCGUAUGUACUCUUAACACUCUAAAUCUCCCAGAUGGCUUCCGGUUGUGGUGUAGCUGCUGCAGACUCGAUCAUCGAAGCUUGUGUUAGUUGCGUUUGCUUUUUUAAUAUACACUAGCACAGCCACUUUCAGAGCAGUUCACUCUAAUGCCGAUGUUUAAGAGCCCCACGUGCUGUGAGCAUCACAACUAAAACUGUUCUUUAAGGUCAAGUACUCGAUACAGGGGUAGAAUAGGACGGUGCCUUAGAUGCAGAAUGGGCUGUGUUUUAUUUUUCGUAAAUAUUAAUACCUUAACGUGUCGCGUGAGCUUACCUCGGCCAUGACAAUCACUCUACUCGACCAGGGUCACGAAUAGGAUCUGCUUUUGUUAGAGCGGUUUCUUGUCUUGAAAUAGCCCUGACCACAGAAUUAUAUUUGUAAAUAUAUCUAAAGUGUACUGGGAAAAUAUCAAUUGUUAAAAUAAAGUUUUGGAAGAUAAAAGGAAA